GGGAGAACACAGGACAGAAAACUUACAGUGUGCCUGCUCUCUGCUCUCUGGAACACUGUCUCUUUCUCACCAGCACUGAUCUUGUGAUAUGUACUCACUCUCACGUCUUAUGCUACGGAUUGUGUGUCUUAUGUUGGAUUCUUGCUGGAUUGAAGUUCUUUAGGAAAACUAAAAGCUUCUAUGUGCCACAUAGAUGGCAGGACUGUUACUUGUUUUACAAAAAGCCUGGACACCCAUCCCCCCACACUCCCUGAAGCCUGGAAAUUUUGGAGGAGAUUCCCAUGACCCAUAAGAUGGCUUCUGAUCACACCUCGGCCUGACAAAAGGAGAAUUUAUAUCUUUAAAAAAAGUUCUGAAAAAAAUGAGAGUUCGUAUAAAGGGAGAUGCUCUUUGCACCCUUCUCUUAAUCACUGCUCUAUGUACAUUAUUCUACAGCCUGCUGAGACAAACAGAAAAGAGGGAAACAGCUUCUACAAAACAGACAAAUGAAUCUAAAACAACAAAGAAGACUAUGCACACAAAAAAAUACUUGGAGUUAGACACAAAAGCAGAUACAUCAAAGCUGCUCUCUGAGGCAUACAAUGCAGAAAUAAGUUAUGAAGAAGUAAAGCCCACCAUCAGUUCGUCACCCACACAACCACCCUUUGAUUUUCAGCAAUACCUCAGGAGUAAAGAUCAUCGUAACUUUAGCUUGUUAAUUAACCAGCCAAACAAAUGCAAGAAACCUAUGGGAGAACCCUACUUGCUCAUUGCUGUGAAAUCCAUAGUAGAAGACUUUGACAGGAGAGAAAGUGUGCGCAAAACCUGGGGAAGGGAAGGAAUGAUUAAUGGGGUGAUGGUUCAGAGAGUAUUCCUUCUUGGAACUCCAAAGAAUAAGACAACCAUAUUAUUGUGGGAAUCCCUUAUGCAUCAGGAAAGUCACUAUUACAAAGACAUCUUACUGUGGGAUUUUGUUGACACAUUCUUCAACUUGACCCUAAAAGAGAUCCACUUCCUUAGCUGGACAGAGAAGUACUGUAGGAAUGUUAAAUUUAUUUUUAAAGGUGAUGCAGAUGUUUUUGUCAAUGUAGAGAAUCUGAUUAAUUUUUUGUUGGCACAGAAUUCUACAGAGGAUUUGUUUGUUGGGGAUAUAAUAUAUCAUGCUAAGCCAAUACGAUCAAGAAAAAGUAAAUAUUAUAUUCCAGAAAACAUGUAUGGGUUAGGAAUCUACCCAGCAUAUGCUGGAGGGGGAGGAUUUUUAAUGUCUGGGACAACCAUGAAAAAGCUGGCCCAAGCCUGUACAGAGGUGGAACUUUUUCCAAUAGAUGAUGUAUUCUUGGGAAUGUGUUUACAAAGGAUUAACCUCAAGCCUGUGUUACAUGAGGGUUUCAAAACUUUUGGAAUAACAAAACCCUCAGCUGCGCCAAAUCUGCAAACAUUUGAUCCCUGCUUUUACAGGGACUUGAUGGUUGUGCAUAGCCUGAAAGCAGCAGAAAUUUGGCUUAUGUGGAAUCUUUUGCACAGCCAGCAGCUGCCUUGUUCUCAAAAGCAGCGGAUAAAGAAACCUUUUCAUUGGAAGAAGAAGAAGCAAAAACAGAUAAAGGCAGUUACAAACACACAAGCAAACAAACAUUCAAAAAGAAUAUAGAUCAUUUUAGCAGUAAUGUGACCUUUUGUUUGUUAUACACUAUUAGAAAUCAAGAAAGCAAAAUUAGUUUCUGCUCUUGCACUAAUUAGUCUUUGGGCCCAGUGAUCUAAAGCUCUGCACUUAUUUGAGAUGAUCUAAGAAGUCUCAUCAGUACUGUGAGGUCUCAAAAAUUUUUAGAAACACAAAUGUUACCUUGAUAGAGGUUUACUUCUCUAUGCAGGGUUCUAUAUGUGAAGAUAAAGAAAAUAGAGAGGCACAUUCAACUGAGACAGAACAAAAGCUGGAAAAACUUCCUUACUUGUUUAUAAGGCCAGUGCCACUCAGGGUGCAGUCUAUUUUAGCACACUAUUCCUUUCACUUUGCUUGAGUGGCACUGGCCUUAGAACAAAAUCUAGAAUAUCUUCCUUGCUUGUUUACGUCUCAGUUGAGUGCGCCUCUCUAUUUUCUUUUUCUAUAUGUGACGGACAGACUCAUAUUUUCCAAUAUAAGGUCUAAAAAAAUUCCAGAUUCUGUGUGCUUUAUCUUGACUUGUAGCUAUUUUAAAAACAUCUACAGAAAGAAGUUGAGGCUAGACUUACUUAGGCUAUGUAUAAACAACACAUCACAUCUGCUACAUUUGAAGGAAGCUUGGGAGGCAGGGCAUUUUACUAUGCUUUAUAUGGCAGUUUAGUUAUAUCAAAACAUACUGCUGAAAAUAAUAAAUAUUGAUGCACUGGCAAA